GACAGUCGGUCCUUGUGUACCCUACCUCACUCUCUGCCUCUGCGCAUCACUGAAGGGGGAGUUUGGCCGCCGCUUUCCUCGGCCAGUUUCACCGCCUGGCUGGUUAAUAAUAACACUUCCGCUCCUGCGUUACUCCAUCAUCGUUUCUCUCCUGUUUUAUUCUGUGUGUCCGACACCAUCCGUUGAACGCGAACGCCUCGCCCCCCGCGAGUUAGAUGGAAUACAGGGGGUUGCCAGCCGCGUUUAUCUUCUCCUAACUGGGAAACAGCGCACGGGAGGGGGGCGGGAGGGAGACGUUUGAGGACUAAAACACAGCCAGCCGUGAUUCAUGGACGCACCGCGCAUCAUGAGGACACAGCCACCGACAACAAGGGAGGACCUGGCAUAGGCAUCUCUGGCUAGAUGAAGUGGUUCAGCCAUGCAAUGUUCCUGGAAGUCAGUGAUUCUGCUGGCCUUGGCUUCGAUUGCCAUCCAGUACACAGCCAUCCGGACGCUCACCUCUAAGCCUUUCCAGCUGUGCCCGCUGCCCAGUCCCCAGAACUGCGGUCUCGGGGCUCAGGAGACAGAUCCUUCCUUUGAGCGGGGACCAGCAGGUGGGGCAGGCUGUGAUGACUACCCUUACUUUUCCAUCAACGCCACCCGUAAACUUCAUAUACUGGUCUUAGCCACCACUCGCAGUGGCUCCUCUUUUGUUGGCCAGCUGCUGAACCAGCACCAGGAGAUAUUCUACCUGUUUGAGCCUCUUUAUCACGUUUAUGCCACAUUGGUCCCACGUCAGUCACACACCCGCAACCCUACCGACCGCCGCGUGACGCUAGGUGCCAGUCGAGACCUCUUGCGCAGCCUGUAUGGUUGUGAUCUCUACUUCCUAGAGAAUUAUAUAAAACCAACACCCACAAACCACACUACGGACAAACUGUUCCGUCGAGGUGCCAGCCGGGCAUUGUGCCAGCAACCUGUCUGUGAUGCCUUUGGUCCAGGGGAUGUUAAUGUGGAAGAAGGAGACUGUGUGAAGAAAUGCUCAACCCUAAACAUGACUUUAGCAACAGAGGCUUGUCAGGAGAAGAAGCACGUGGCCAUCAAAGUAGUUCGGGUUCCUGAAAUCGGAGAUCUGCGGGCUCUGGUUGAAGAUCCACGGCUGAACAUAAAAGUCAUUCAACUUGUGAGAGACCCACGUGGUAUCCUGUCAUCCCGGAUCGAGACAUUCAGGGACCCAUACCGAUUGUGGCGCAUUUGGAGGGCCACAGGGAGAAGACCGUAUAAUCUAGACAUGAAUCAGCUCACAGUUAUCUGUGAAGACUUCUUUGGUUCAGUUUCAACUGGUCUUAGUCAUCCCCACUGGUUGAAAGGGAAGUACAUGUUGGUUCGAUAUGAGGAUUUGGCCCGAAAUCCACUUCUAAAGACUCAGGAGAUCUAUGACUUUCUUGGGCUGCAUAUGGAUAAAAAUGUGAAACACUGGAUACGUGCAAAUACUCGAGGAAGCAAUGAACCUUCGGCAAAACACAAGUUUGGAACAGUGAGGGACUCAGCGGCUAAUGCAGAGAGUUGGCGUUUGAAACUGUCCUAUGAUAUUGUAGAAUUCACACAAACCAUGUGUCACAAAGUACUGAAGCAGCUGGGAUACAAGGCUGUGAAAUCAGUAGAAGAACUGAAAAAUCUGUCCUUCUCUCUAGUGCAGGACAAAAGAUUUGUACCAUUUUUGUAAGAAAGAUAGUUCUCUAAUAACUAUUUUUGAUAUAUUUAUAUUGUUGCCUUAUAAGUUCCUCAGUUUGUUUCAUUUCUUAUGUGAUUUUGUUCCAUGAAAUUUGCACUAAAUUUUGGAGGUGUCUGAAUGCACUAAGGGAAGUGUUAAGUCCCCUGUGAUACAAAACCACACAUUUUUCACACAUAAAAGAUGCUACGUUGCGAAAUUUAAAAUUAUUUGUCCAUGAGUGGAAUGAUUUCAAGGCGCUGUCUCCGUUAUUUGCUGUAUAAAAUAUGUCAUUUCAGCAGAAGUUAAAUAUUUGUUACUAAAAACAUGGAAAUCAGGAAGGACUCCGUAAGGCAUACAUGUUUUUUUAAGACCUGUCAUGGCAAACUUUAACUGUACAAGCUCUACUGUGCAAUAAAUAGUGAAUGUCGCAGUCAACCUUUAUCACUGUGCCAUUUUUAUCCAUGUGGGAAGAGGAGAGAUACCUCUGACAGAUGCCAUGCUUGCAAAGGAUAAUUGCAGACAAUUAAUAGGCUCUCAAGUGAAAGGGACAGAAUCCCAUUGGAGGUCACGGGCAUCUCAUCUGAGGAUUUUAUAACCAUCUGUGAUAGACAAACACUCACAAAUGAGAGGUAAUGCUAAGAUCUUUACUAUGGAAUCCUUUUUUUCCAAAAGGAUUAUAAAAUUAAUGUAGACCAUAAAUAUUCCAAUGCAAGUAGAUUAUGAAGCACUGCAGUGAAGAGCCAUUGAUUACUUUUAUUGUAUUUAUAAUUUUGUUGUAAUUUGCUGGGGGGUUUUUUGGUUAAAUUUAUUUCCCAUCCAUUUCCGCCAGUGAUUACAGUAUUUGUAACACUAUUAUAUGUUUGCAGAUUCAGGUACUUAGUUAAAAACUAAAUAAUUUCCUUCUUUUUAUGUCGCCUUAUAAGCAGGGAUUACAUAAUAAAUAACACAACAGAGCAAACAGACCCUAUGCAUUCUUUUUCAACCAAAAAGCACAGCUAUUUUGACAUUCUGCCUUGUUUUUGUGUUUAUCUCGUAGAUAAAAGAUUUAGAACCCUGAAAGACAAGUCCUUGUGGAGCAGAUUCAAGUGUUUCCAGGAUGUGUUCCUGACCAACACUAACACACAGCAACCUUUCUAAAGUUGCAUCUACAUUAGAUCAUACACAAAGAGUAUUACACUAAUGGCUGUCCAUAAUCUGGGACAAAUCCUUUGAUCAUUAGUGCAGCUGGUGUGCAGUUUUAACCAAGCAGUGUUAAUGGACUCAAGGUUGAAAUACAGAACACAGCAGUUACAUAAAUAAAUGUGUCAGUCUUUCCUCCAGCUUGCUAAAAUAAUACUAAACUCAUGCGACAGCAGCCAAGGCUUUUGGAAAAUGUACCACUUUUCAUUUAACUCUGAGAGAAACAGACACCUAAUUCCAUCUUCAACUGCUUUCCUAAACUCAAGAGCAAACGUAGGGUAAAAAUGUGGUGGUCUCAUUUAAAUUAAAACAUAGCAUAAGCUGUUGGGUAUUGAUGGAGUCUCCUGUCAUUAUUGCUGCAAAAAUAUACAGUUUGCUCCUCCAGCUGGUGAAAAUCUGUAUGCUUGGUUUGCACAGUUAAUUUGCAUUUUGAAGUCAUGUUAUUUUAGCAGUGGCUUAUUAGGUAAAUUGCCUUUCCAGUUAGCGGUCAUUUCAUGCUGCAUAUUGUACUUUAUAAUUUCCCUCUGCUGCUAUAGGAGCUUAAAAUCUAUGGUGGUUCAGACUGCAUUGCGCAGAAGCUGGUAAGGAUGUGAGCACAACGUAUGAAGUUGCACCUCUAAAAUGCUAAAGAAACACAUUUUAGUGUGAUUUUGGUAAAGGCAUUGCAUAAUUAAAAAAACCUUGGUGUGUAUAUGCUACACAGAAAGCAGGUUACUUCAGGGCAAGACCAGAUAUGAUUGUCACUUUUUUUUCAUUUGAAUUUUUUUCAGAAUUCCAGAAAUAAAAUACUUGCAUGGUUUGAAAAGGUAGAAAAGCCAUUUUUGUUUUAUUAAUGAGAAACACAAUUAAUUAGCUAAUAAAAAUAUUUAUGUUGAAACUAAUAAAUCAACCAAAAAAUGGCAAAAUACUUAAUUUUCUUUAUUUUUGGGGCUAUUAAAUACUUAGGUUUUGGGUGCUGUGAGAUACAACUCUUGAGUUAAGAUGUCUAUUUAUUUGCAGACAAUGACCACUUGUUUUCCCAUAAGAUAUAAACCCUGUGAAUGUAGCAUCACACGCCCAAGCUCAUCAGUAUUGGUGACCGGAUGUCCAUUGAGAUGCAGAGCACAAACCUUUGAUCCUCCUCUGUUCUGAGACUGGAGGCAAACUCUCGCUCUUUCUCUCUUCCUGCGCAUUCUCUGCCAUCUACUUCUUUCUUUCUGUCUUUUUUACAGACAUCUCAGGGGAUUGUUCCUGUGCUUCAGUGCUCUCUAUGUGUUUUUUAAACUUCAGCUUGGACGUUUCUGAAUGUGUUUAGAAUAGUUUUAAUUCCAUACUAAAAAGAGGCAGCAGAAAUGGAAAACUGUGUAUCUUUUUGGCACUUACGGAAUGUAUUGACAACGAAGGAAAAAAAUCCUUUUGUCAGAGAGUAAGACAAGGGGACUAACAAAAGUUUUCAUUUUCUUAGCUCGAGUUUGAUUUUGUACACUCAUUAAUAGUUUACCAGUUACCAACUCAGCCAAGAUGUUACAAUCAAUACUAGCUGAAAACAAACUGUAAUUUAAAUUUGUUUGACAAAGUUUGUAAAAUUGUUCCCCUUACUGGCAACAAUAAACAGAUGAAAUCAAAUUUACAAUUUCACAUUCUUAUACCUUUAGCAGUGUCAUUCAAUAUUAAUUAUUUGAAAAUGCAUAAGCAACAUUUGCAAGCUUUAUUUUUUUGAGGUUAUUAGUACGUCUAAAAUAAAUGAUAUUAUUGUAGAAACAAUUUGAAGUUGAACAAAUACGUACAUGUUAAUGGUUUAAUUGCAGAUUCUCUCCCAUGCACACAUACACACACAAUCUGCAUCAUGAUCCCCAUGUGUCGGUGUGUUGGUGCAUCUCUGAGCUUUUGGUGACCCUUGUGUUGUUUUUUGUGUCCCAAGGCUGAACAUAUGGUUCACAAGCUACUGGGAAAAAUGACCAAAAAAAUCCUCUUUACUCCACCUCCCCUACCCUCACUGUUUUAUUCCACUCCUCUCUUGAAGUGGAUACAAUAAUUUGACCCUGUGACUGCACAGCAGAGCAGAUAGAUCUCUGCUUCUCUAUGCUUUCUAAACUGUGCUGUCAGAAAACGUUCUGGUCAUUACAUGCAAGAGAGUUAAGGUAAUAUUAAGUGUGCAGAAUUUGCUGUUAGUGAUGAUGUUAAUCUUGGAUGUUUUCCGAUGAAAAUUUGCUAUCUACGUAAUUUUUCCUUUGUCUUUGUCUCAGUCUGUGAGUGUGACUUGUUUUGUGCUGCCACUUAGGAAACAGUCUUGGUGCAAAACGAAAAGCCCACUGAACUGCACAGAUCAGCUGAAUUGUGCUGCCUACUUGUGUCACUGCUGCUGAGGCGGAUGUGCACGUUUUUUUUUUUUUACUCUGACAAGUACACCUCAUCCCUUGACCAUCAACAGAUCACCUUUUUGCGAGUUGAUUGGUGUUCAACUCUACAUACGAGCAGCCCUAGCUGCAGUUUGCAUAAGUGAGUUGAUUUUAGGACAGAGCUAAACAGAUCCAUGAAGAGAAUUCUCUUAAAAAUCAUGGAAACGUUUUGUUCAGCUUUCCUGCACAGGUUGUCAACCAGGCUCUUAUUUGAUUGCUGGUAAAAGGACAGUUGGGGGUUGGCAACUGGAGCUUUGCUAAAAAUGAUACAAGCCGUUUAAUUGAAGCUGUCAGCAGGUCAAGGCAAUAGAGGCACAGCAACCAGGUCAUUAUGUAGUUAGAGAUCCAGAACACCAUGUUACGUGUAAUGGGCCAAAGUGCUUUUGAAAAAAAGGAAAAAUUUUCACUGUAAUAAUCAAACUGGAACCCCUAGUCCUGUUGAUAAAAACUAAAGUUAAAAUACUCUAAAAUCCUACCUUGAAAUAACAUCUUGAAAAUAAGUAAAUCUAACACACAGAUUAUUUGGAUUUUGUCGGUGCGCUGUUUCUCGACACAUUUGAUGUUGCACGAAGCAUGCUUUUGAAGUAUUUCAAAGCCUGAAGUUGCAAUGAAAUAUCACUUGUAAUAUAAUCAUUGAAUAAAUUACUUUUUGUGGUAACCUAUUUUUUCAUACUUAAAGGUUUAAUAAAUGAAAGCAGUAA